UUUCCCCAAGAAAUUAAAUAAAGAGAGCUAUAUAUUAGAUUCUCGUGAUGCCAAACCGACUACACGUAGAGGAAUUCAACCUACACAACAUGAUGAUGAAUAGAUAAACAUAUUUUUCCCCUCUCAUUUGUUUAUGAAAAGUAAUCGCUUUCACACUUUCGGGCUUCAAGUUUGGAACUUUCUAAACUAACAGCCCUUUAAGAAAAGAUUUUGUGCUCCCAUUUUAGAUCAGUUUUCAGACAGCAAGAUUCCUGAGUUUGUCUGAAAAAAAAUGGGUUCUUGCUUCAGUGUUAGAAUAAGGGCUGAUAGUCCUCGCCGAGAUGGGCUAAGUACUCCUAGAGAUGGAAGAGAGACGAGCAGCAGGCGCUCGUCUUUCUCCCUUCCAGUGACCCCUCAUGGCGAGGGCGACAUUCUGGAGUUUUCGAAUCUGAAGAUCUUCAGCUUCAACGACCUCAGGACGGCCACCAGGAACUUCCGGCCCGACAGUGUGCUUGGGGAGGGUGGUUUCGGGUGUGUCUUCAAGGGCUGGGUCGAUGAGACCACGUUCAAGGCUGCCAAGCCCGGGACGGGAAUGGUCAUUGCUGUCAAGAGACUGAACCAAGACGGCCUUCAAGGUCACAAGGAAUGGUUGACUGAAAUCAACUAUCUAGGACAGCUUUACCAUCCGAAUCUGGUGAAAUUGGUUGGUUAUUGCUUGGAGGACGAGCAUAGGCUUCUCGUUUACGAGUUUAUGCCACGAGGCAGCUUGGAGAAUCAUCUGUUCAGGAGGGCUGCGCAUUUCCAGCCGUUAUCUUGGAGCCUGAGGAUGAAGGUUGCUCUUGGCGCAGCAAAGGGGCUCGAGUAUCUUCACAGCCCCGAAGCAAGAGUUAUCUAUCGCGAUUUCAAAUCAUCCAAUAUUUUGCUUGAUUCGAACUAUAAUGCAAAGCUUUCCGAUUUCGGCUUGGCCAAGGAUGGUCCGGUAGACGGGAAAAGCCACGUGUCUACGAGGGUUAUGGGUACCUACGGCUACGCAGCUCCGGAAUACAUGGCAACAGGUCAUCUCACAUCGAGGAGCGACGUGUACAGUUUCGGAGUCGUUCUCCUCGAGAUGCUGACCGGGCGGCGCGUCCUGGACAAGAACCUCCCCCACGGGGAGCAGAACCUCAUCCAAUGGGCGAGGCCGUUCCUCGCCAGCAAAAGGAGGGUUCUCCGCGUCAUAGACGCCCGCAUCCAGGGCCAGUACACCCCAAACGCGGCCCUGAAAGCGGCCACGCUUGCAGUGAGAUGCCUGGCCGCGGAGCCGAAGCAGCGCCCCAAGAUGAAGGAGGUGGUGGCCGCACUAGAAGCGCUUCAAGACACGGCCUCCGGUGUGGGGACCGGCGCAGCUGUGCAGCACCGGAGGACAGCGUACCGUGGAGGCCGGGCGGCCUCGUAUCCGAGACCUUCAACUCCUCCUCCUCUUGUUGCUUCCUUGUAACUUGAAUUUGAUGUUUUUGAGGGAAGAGAUGUGGAAAUGGUGGUUGCAAUUUUUCUAUGUUAAUUUGCUUGUAACACCAUUUUUGGAAGCUCUUUGUACAGCCAUUUUAUUUGGGAGCUAAAAUCUUCUUAGAUUCUCAACAA